AUGACGCCCAACAGAUGGAAUGAUAUCCAAAAAAAUAUUCAAGAGCUCACAGGCAAGGAGUUUGGUGUGAGAAGUUUGAAAGAGAGAAUCCAGCUUCUUGUGGACAAAUUCAGGCAAAAGGUUGAACAUGAUGAAUAUAAAUCUGGAAUUGAAGAAGAAGUGACGGAAAUGGAUGAUCUUCAUGAAAUUAUUCUAUUGAUUGAUGAGGUUUUAAAUCAGAAAAAAACGAAGUCCUCAUCUUAUCAAAGAGGUCUUGAAAAGAGAGAACAGGCUAUGGAAAAUAUAACUAAGGAAGGAAAUCAAAUUGGACCCUUAUUUGGAGUUGGACCAAACCUAUUAGAGCCACCAGAGGAGGAUAAAGAGUAUAUUCAAGUAAUUAUUGAAGACGAGCAGGAUAUGCAGACCGAGAUGCAGAGUGUUAAUAAAGAAAAUAAUUUUGUAAGACCAAUUGAACCAGAAACUCCUCGUAUAAGUAUAGGCAUUGGUCGUGGGAAUGGUAGAAGAGUCGCGAAUAGAGGAAGAAGCGGGGGUUCAACUCCAUCCAGACUAAAACGAACCGGAAUAAAGCAAACUUCAAUGAAAUUUUUGGAAACUAAAAAUGAGAGGUGGUUUGAAACAAGAAGAAGAGAGCUAGAUUUGGAGGAGAGGAGAUUCGAAUUUGAUAAGGAGGAACGAAGAAGAAAUUUGGCCAUAAAUGAAGCCAGGCUAGACCUGGAACAAAAGCGUUUUGAAGCAGAGCUGAACAUUUUCAACAAUCAAAAUAAAUUGAUGAAUAAUCAGCAGAAGCUUAUGGAAAUGGCAUUCCAAAACUUAAAAAAUAAACAUGAGUAA